AACUUCAUUAGCUCUUUACGUAAUGUUUUCAUCGUGUUUCACAAGGGAUCGGGUUAUGUAUCUUACCCGGGUGAAAUUUGUAUCCUGAAAACUAACAUCCUUGCGAACAAUAUUUUUCAACAGGAAGAGAGAUGCUACAAAAGUUUGUGUGAGAAGACCACAUUUGCUGCCGAUUUCUUUGCGGUCAAUUAAAGAGUUCUUAGGCUAUUGUGCAAUGAAUAAAACGGCGUUCCUCAGCCUUAUCAUGGAGCGACCUGAUAGCACAUUAGACAAGGACACCCUAGCAAAACAAUUACCCAAAUUAUGACAAAUUAAUUAUGUAGGCUACGGUAGACUCAGCGUGAGUCUUGAAUGAAACGUUCCUCCGUCAAACGAACAUAUUAUACUGCUGUAUAUGAUUCAUGUUGGGACACUGAGUCAACUCUGCGUCUACUUCUAAACAGUUUAUCUAACAAGACGGAUUCAUAUUUGAACAUUAUGUCAAAUGUUAAAUCUUUGCUCUUUCUUCUUCCCUUUUGUCUUUUUGCGAUUUCGUAUGGUGGACCCGUUAACCAUUUAGACGUCUUUAUCGCACGAAGAGAACUGAAGCGUUUUUUUAAUGAAUUUGACAUCGGUGAUUUUUACAUCAUAAGAAAAGGUGUCAUCGAUAAUUUUGUUCAAAACAAGGCUACCGGAUUUCUGCCUGCGAUAGCUCCUGAAACACAGUCACUGGAACUAAAAUUCCAGUCAAGAUAUAAGCUGUACUACAAGCUCUAUAUGUCCUCAAGCGACAGAAGUAUUAUGAAAAUACCUUCUUCGACGAUCAGACCAAAUGGUCAUGUCCCAAGAAAAGCACGACCAUUCAAGAUCCGCUUCCCAUGCACACGUCGAAAAACUGGCACCGCCAUGUUGAAAAUUAAGAUGGAGUUCAUGCUACCAGCUAUGAAAAGAAGCCCAAUUACAGAGUUUGUUUUAAAUCUGAAAAGGAGCUGUGAAAAAGCGAAAGAAGUCGUGACACGAAAACCAGCGACAGCCAAGACCAACUAUAUCUGUUCCAAGAAGUGCGACAGAAACAAUGUGCUACGAAGAUUUUGUCUCAGCGACUUUGCAAUCCGAGCGAGAGUCGAAACGAGUUCCACCAGUAGAGGCGGUCGCCCACUGCACAAAGUUCGUGUGACAAAAUACUAUAAGAGAAGCAGGGUGCCAAUAGGCAAGAAAAUUGACAUAGAAAUCUUUGGAACAGAUAUCACUUGCAAGUGUGAGCUAUUGCAAAUAGGGAAAACCUAUCUCAUCCUUGGGAAAGAAAAUUCGUUCAGCAGCUCUUUCUUUCUUGAUGACUAUACUUACGCCAUUGAAUGGGGCGAGGGUGGCAAGAAGAUGGCAAAAUUGCAUAAAAAGAGAAGCACCUGUCCUAAGAGAUUUGGACAACAAUGGUACCCCAUUGGAAAAGUUUAACAGAGAUCUUAUCAGUUACUGAGAACUAUACUGGGUGUAUAAAAAACCGCAAAAUCUUUUGUAACCAGAUAUUUGCGAAUUGUAAAGGAUAACUCGCACCAGUUGGCCACAAGGGUGCGUCAAUACAGGCUUUGCUUGCAUGCAUGGGUAACUAAAAUGUUGCAGUCUCCUCGUAUGCAAGUGUUUGCAGUUUUUAAUCCACCCUGUAUGUGUUUUUUAAAAAGAACCUUAUUUACUUGACUGACUGACAAUUAAAGAGCCGGAAAUUCGCUGUUGUUUGUGAUUCCAUUUACUAAAAAAAUAGUUAUAAAUCUUUGUAUGUCAUUUUAUAGAAAAAUUGUGAAGGCUUAGAGCCAAAAUGACAGUCAUUAUUUAUAGCAAAGUCGGUGAUAGCAAAGUUCUAUAAAUGGACGUAGUUGUACAAUUCCUUGCUUGGACUACAUAGCCAACAUUGAGGCCAAUUAAAUUAUGCAAAUAUAUGUCAAUAUGAUAUCAUGCUUUUGCAUAGAUGAUAAUAUUAACUUAGUUCGGUGCAUCCAUGUAUAAGGAUCAAGUCACAUUGCGACGCGACUCACGUGUGUGAAUGUAGUAUAAAUUAAACGUGGUACUGGUUUAGAGAA